GGCUCACCUGUGAGUCUAGACGCAUUGAAAUAGCCCCGCUAACCGGCUACGGCAAUGCGUUUGUCUGUAGCUUAUAAACACGGACAAAAAACACAGAGCGACGUCUGCCGCUGCUGCGUACACAUCGGCAAACCCUGCCGAGAGUCCCCGACUCCUGAGGUCCGUGCAGCGCGAAGGAGUCGCGCCUGUCUAGGCGAUCGGUGGCUCUGGGCUCGGCAGUCCCCCUCCUCUACCGCCCCAGGGAAAGUGUUUGCCCUCGAUAACUCUGCGCUCGGCGUCUCGCCUAUGCUCACAAUGAAUGGCUGCCUGUAGCGAGAGAGAGGGAGAGAAAGCGUCGGACUCCUCCAUUGAAACACUUUCCAGCGGCAUACAGCGAGGGGACCUGUGGUGCUGGACGUAGCACCAUGGCUCAGACGCUGCAGAUGGCCAUCCCCAACUUCGGCAACAACGUCCUGGAGUGCCUGAAUGAGCAGCGGCUGCAGGGGCUGUACUGUGACGUGUCGGUGGUGGUGAAGGGCCACGCCUUCAAGGCGCACCGCGCCGUACUGGCCGCCAGCAGCUCCUACUUCCGCGACCUCUUCAACGCAGGCAGCAAGAGCGCGGUGGUGGAGCUCCCGUCAGCCGUGCAGCCACAGAGCUUCGAGCAGAUCCUGUCCUUCUGCUACACGGGCCGGCUCAGCAUGAACGUGGGCGACCAGUUUCUGCUCAUGUACACAGCCGGCUUUCUACAGAUCCAGCAGAUCAUGGAGAAGGGCACCGAGUUCUUCCUGAAGGUCAGCUCUCCCUCCUGCGACUCCCAGGGCCUGCAGGCCGAGGAGGCGCCACCCUCGGAACCCCAGAGCCCGGUCACCCAGACCUCCGCAGGGGCCACAGCGGUGGCCCCAGGUGCCGCUGGAGGAGUCAACGGAGGUGUGGCCACCACGGCGGCCGGCCGCCCCGCCUCCUGCCUCACCCCUCUACCCUUGGUGUCCCGAGUGAAGAUGGAGCAACAAGACACCUCAUCCUACUCUGUGGUCUGCACACCGGUGGCCAAGCGCCUCUGGGAGGGGGGCAACCGGGAGGCGGGCGGAGUCUCUGGAGGAGGGGGCGGAAUGCGCAAGGCCGCCCGUUUGUCCCAGGAGGUGGGGCGGGGUGCAGUGGCUCCUCCCCCAGGCGGAGCUGGAUGCCCAAGCAACAGCAACAACAACAAUAACAACAGUGCCACCCCCGAGGGCACCAGCCCUGGCACUCUGAGCGCGUAUGCCAGUGACUCCCCGAACUCCUACCAUGACGACGAGGAGGAGGACGAGGCGGCGGAGGAUGGCACUGAGGAGCAGUACCGGCAGAUCUGCAACAUGUACACCAUGUACAGCAUGCUCAAUGUGGGGGCUGCAGCCGGGGACCGCGUGGACGCGCUGCCCGACCACCUGACCUCCGACACCAGGAACCGGAUGCGCGUGCGGCAGGAUCUCGCCUCCCUGCCGGCGGAGCUGAUCACCCAGAUCGGCAACCGCUGCCAUGCCAAGCUGUACGAGGAGGGCGACCCGGCCGAGAAGCUGGAGCUGGUCACAGGCACCAGCGUCUUCAUUACUCGGGCCCAGCUGAUGAACUGUCACGUAAGUGCCGGAACCAGACACAAAGUGCUCCUGAGGAGGCUGCUGGCCUCCUUCUUUGACCGGAACACUCUGGCCAACAGCUGUGGGACUGGAAUCCGCUCCUCCACCAACGACCCCAGCCGCAAGCCGCUGGAUAGCCGGGUGCUGCAUGCCGUCAAGUUCUACUGCCAGAACUUUGCCCCGAGCUUCAAGGAGAGCGAGAUGAACGCCAUCGCGGCCGACAUGUGCACCAACGCCCGGCGCGUCGUCCGCAAGAGCUGGAUCCCCAAGCUGAAGCUGCUGAUGGCCGAGGGCGACGCUUACUCAGGCUUCCUGCCCGAAGCCGUUAAGAUGGAGGCUGACGGGCUGGGCACCGAGCACGCCUUCGAGACGGCCGGUCUGGAUGCGGGGGCCCCGGGUGACGGGGGCGCCUCCGAGGGCUUGCCAGGGGUGGGGGGCGACGGUGGGGCGAGCACUUUAUUUUAGUAAGUGACCCCAGUUCCCAUCCACUACCCCCACCUCAAACCACGUCCUUGCUCCAAAGUCCAUUUUAUUUCCCGACACUGGGUUUUGCUGCCCCCUGGGGGGGGGCGGAGGAGGGUAGAUGUGGGGUGGAGUCUCACGGCAAGGGAUGGGGAUGGGGGGGAGGGAUGGAGAGGGUGUUUCUGAGGGAACGAGAGAAUAAGCCCCCCGUUUAACUGUUAGAGUGGUUAAUUACGCCCCCCCCCACCACCCCCUUCAGACAGCAGUCCCGUAUCAUUGCCUCACCCCCACGUUAAGAGAACAUUCCCCGGGGGGGGGGGGGGCACAGCGGGGCGUAAGGGAGCCUAGCCAACCUGCUAAAACUGUCCCAAAUUUGAAUGUACUUAUCAGAAAUUUGGAUGGUACCGAUCCGACCCCCCCGUGACACAGGUGGAUUAAUGUCUUGCCAAAUCAGAAGAGGCUCCCACAUGGAAUCUCCCCCCCCCU